UUCAUAAAAAUUCCCAAAUCAAAAAUUUCCAAGGGUUUUGUGGAGACACAGAGGGAGGCUGAAAUCUCCAGUAAUUGAAUCGAACUGGGGGUUUAAAGGGGGUUCGAGAUUAGAGUGUUUUAUGGGUAAGAAGGAGGAGGAGAAGAAGAAAAGCUCUAUAUCAACAUCACCUUGUGCUCAACUUAGAUCUGCGUAUCAUCAAUGCUUCAACAAGUGGUAUUCAGAGAAGUUCUUAAAGGGUGAAUGGGAUAAAGAAGAAUGUGUUACAGAAUGGCAGAAGUACAAAGCUUGUCUUUCUGAACAUCUUGAGGUGAAACAACUAGCUAGGUUCUUGGAAGAAGAAGCUGAUUCUGGGUUUCCGAUUUCUGCCGAAUAGAGGAAUAUGACUGACAAAUGUGCAGAAGAAGGGACUGGAAUGGAGAUAAAGGGACCAUGUUUGAUAGGUUAUGGAACUGCUUCUUCAUUCUAUCCAGGCUAGGCAACAGUGAACAUAAUCUAUCAUUUUUCAUAAGCACGUUGAUGCACAAACCAAAGGAUUUACCAUACUGUGGUUAGCAAACAAUUCUAAUUCAAAGGGUUGAUUAACUGUAACAGAAAGUUGAUUGCAUCCUAAUGGAAGGUUCAUGAUGUAUUUAUACUGUGAAUAUUUGCUUUUAUCUUGAUGCAGUCGUCUUAAAGCCUCAAAUCUGAUAUCAUUUAUCUUAAUUUAGCUAA